UGAGUAUCAUUAUGAAGCAAUUGCAUGCUCACCGAUUAUAUAGUAGCCUCCCAAUAUUCCAACUGAAUUAACAAACUCACUGACCUAUCUGUUAAGAAACCCAUGGCAGAGAGGCAAGUGAUAAUAAAAGACCUGGAGUGCGACACAGAAAAUGGAGUCAUGAUGCUUAACUUCUCAAGAGGACAAUUUCGACUCAGAGACCGCGGUGACAUCGUGCUAUCGGAAGAAGCUGGGCAACUCAGUGGUCUUCGCACCGGGGAUUACUGCAUUACUCACUCUUUAGAUGAACACAGAGAACUCACCUGGACAGUGAAGGUGUGCGUGGACCCGCAAAAUAUACCACGAUGCUGCCCACCAGGCCAAGCCAUGAAGGACAAUGUGUGUCGGCCGGCUCGUACGCCAGAGCCUCUGGCACCCCCGAUCUCUGCAGAUCCGUAUGGUCCAGCUGUAUCAUGGCCCCAUAUCAAGACCUAUGAAAAGCCCCUCCACUGUAGCGUGGAACCCAUGAAGGAUCUACCACUGAUACCCAGAGUCUCCUACUUAGCAUCACACACCAGGGGCUUGGUCCAUAUAUGGAAUGCUGAAGAGACCGAUUACAAGUUUCAGUACAGAUUCGAUCCCAAAUUCUGCGUUGACGGAAGGCAGAAUCUCGAUGGAUCGGCGUCUUAUUCAGUAAAGGUGUGCUUCGAAAGUCCUAUGGAGCAGCAUCAAAGACUGUGUUCCGAAAAGGUCUGUGUGCGAAAAUGCUGUGCAAUGGGAGAAAUAAUGGAUAAUUAUUUACACUCGUGUGUUCCGAGUUCAGCGGCAGAGUUUGCACCGCUCAUGAACACCGAAUACAACCGCGUGAUAGGCCAACCCAUAUGUGACUAUUUCACAGCUAUUACAGACUUCCAAUUGUCACCCGUCACGGGGCAUCUCGCCACAUGUAACACAACCCUACCACCGAGUGACUACUGUAUUGACAUGUUUUCUGAUCGAGAUGGCAACAUAAGUAACGCCAUAUUAAAGCAGUUUGGAUAUCUGUCAGCAUUCUUCUGGCUCAGUGUCCUUUGCUUUGAUGUCUGGAGAAUAUUCAGGAGCCUCAACAACAGACUGCGUCCACCUCGACCCAUUCCUCCCUAUAUCUACCAUAUUUAUGCCUGGAGUGGACCUUUUGUGAUAUGUUCAGUCACACUGGGUUUGCAGUAUGUGGUUGCAGAUGACGUUCCUUGGCUCAUUAAACCACAUUUAGGACAAUACAAGUGCUGGUUUGGAGCGGGAAUGGAACAACUUGUAUUUUUCUACCUACAUAUUGCCAUCCUGUUAUUUGCCAAUUGUCUCUUCAUUGGUCACACAUACUGGAUCAAGAGAAAAAUGGACGGAAGUUUGGCGGCUCUCAGAGGUAACAAAAAUGGAAAUGGCGAGAAAACUGCACCAGUUGUCCACAGCAAACGGAACUACUACUCUGAAUUCAAAACAAAGUUCUUGUUAUUGGCUCUCAUGUCGAGCUGCUGGGUGGCAGAUGUUUUGUCUUGGCAAAUUCCACCACCAGAGCUUUGGGCUCUCACUGAUAUAUUGAACACACUCCAGGGUUUCUUCAUAUUCGUUAUCAGUACAGAACAGAACUACGUGGUAAGAAUUUUCAACGUAUUCCAGUCAUAUGACGUGGUGUUGACUUCAGUGAGAUGA